UUGGCUGAGGAGGAGUCAGCGUCUUACACAAGAGCAGGAGCGGCCGGCAGUUAUUUGUAUUUUUUGCGAUUUGUUAAGGGGGGGCAUCAGGUUAUAAUAUUUUUGUUAACGGCGAGCAAUUUUUACUCACGCAGGCCUCUGCGAUUACUUUCUGCUGCCACUAUCGUGAGUAGUUCUUGAAGUUUUGUGUCUGAGCCAGCUAUUAGUAUGGCUUUGUGGAAAACACUGGAACCAGAAAUGCAAUUUUCAUGCUACGGAUGAUCUGUGAACGAGCCAUCCAGGAAGGUUGCCCUACAAGAUGAAGCUGAACCUGUAGAAGAGAGAGUAUAUCUGAUUCUCCUAUUACAAUGUCACAAAAUAAUAAAGAAUCUGUAGUUAUGGCUGGGAGCCUAGCCUCUAAAUCUUUCAAUCACAAUGGAGUGUUACAGACUGUCAUUAAGCAAGAAGUUGUAGAGAGUUCUAAAAGUCAGCCAUCUCACAAGCAAUCUGACAGAAAUGUAGCUGGAACUGCUAAUACAGGGGAAGAAGAACAACGUGUAGUGAAAAAGCGGGGGUGGCCAAAAGGAAAGAAAAGGAAGAAGGUUUUGCCCAAUGGUCCUAAAGCACCAGUAACUGGGUAUGUCCGGUUUCUCAAUGAGCGUCGAGAGCAAAUUCGUAUGCAACACCCAGACUUGCCAUUCCCAGAAAUCACCCGCAUGCUUGGGAAUGAAUGGAGCAAGCUUCCUGCUUUGGAAAAACAGCGUUACCUGGAUGAAGCAGAAAAAGACAAACAACAAUAUCUGAAAGAACUUAAAGAAUUUCAGCAAACUGAGGCAUAUAAGUUGAGUGCACAGAAAAUCCAGGAGAAGAAGCUAAAGAAAGAAGAAUUGUGGUCGGGUUUUAGUGGACCAGUCCCAAAGAUCACUGAUGAUGCACCAGACAGGGUUUCCAUGUUUGAGACCCCAAUUUUUACAGAAGAGUUCCUUGACCAGACCAAAGCACGUGAAUCAGAAUUACGAAAGUUAAGAAAGUCAAAUGUAGAGUUUGAAGAGCAGAAUAUAAUCUUGCAAAAACACAUAGAGAGUAUGAAUAAUGCCAAAGAGAAAUUGGAGCAGGAGUUGGCACUGGAAGAGAGAGAAACGUUGACGUUACAGCACCAGUUACAGGCCGUACGACAGGCCCUGACUGCCAGCUUUGCUUCUAUUCCCAUUCCAGGUACGGGAGAAACACCGACCGAAGGAACACUUGAUACAUACAUGGCCAAACUUCACAAUGUCAUCGAGAGCAGCCCCUUGGAAUAUGAAAAGCUAGUUGGAAGGGUGCAAGAGAUCAUCAGUCAGUUAGAUAGUGAUAAUUUAUGAACAGAGGAAGAAACCUUCCGGAAUGACCAUAUCAUUGCUAAUGGAUCAGUUACAAUGUCGAAUUUGUGGAACUUAAGAAAAACCUUGGGGAAAUAAUGCAAAUUGUUACCUUUUUAGACUUUGAUUAUUUCACACAGUUAGCGCACCAAUUUUGAUUUUCUUCUAGGAUGUCAGUGAUUUUUAAUAUUGUUUUGUUGCAUAUGGAUGCUAUGGUGUUUGAAGUCUUUCAGUGUAUGAUAUACAGUGUAUGUGAAUUAUGUGCAAAUGGAGAAGCCUUUGGGUAUUCAUGAUUAAUGAUUUGGAUUGUAUUUUUUUUAUGAUUUUUUUUCAGUGGUUUUUUUUACAAUCAAAACCACAAGCAUUUUUUUACUAAACACAGAGGUACUACUAUAGAUCUUGUAGCAUUCAGACACUAUUUUACACAAUCAGUUAUUAUCCCCAUGUUGCAAGAAUGCUAAAAAAUCAUCAUUAACAAUUUUGCAACAAUGUUCUGGAGGAAAGUGAAGAUGAGAAUCUUUGUAAGCUUUUUGGGGCAAGAAAAUGGAGUUCCUGUGGCAUUUUUCUAAAAAGUACACAGCAGUUUAGCAAGAGAGGGGAAUUGCGCCAGUAUUUAUUUACUACCAUAGAAUCUUGCAUUUGGUACAAAAAUAAUGCAGUUAACCUUAAACAGAUUGCAAUUGUCUACAGUUUGUGCUCUGCACUAAUCUGUAAAUAUCAAUAUAAUAUCCAUUUAAUUACAUUAAAGGAUCAAGUUCUGAAAAUGAAUUUUACGAUGGCAUUCAUAAUAUUUCAUCGUAGAAAGUGAGUUGAUAUUCUCUUGUGUAUGGCAAUCUCUUGUGAUAUAUAACAAUUAUUAUGCUAGGAAAUUCAUUUUGAAUACUGCAGUUCAUCUUUCCCAAAUAACAAUACUGGAAUAAAAAAACAAAGCAAGUGACAUUUUAUGGUUUUCUUUUUAAAAGAUUUUCCUUUUCAAAUACUUUUUUUUCCUGUUUCUCCUACCAGCCAUGGAGAUACUGAAGGCAGCAAGUUAAAUAAGUAACAGCUCUCCAUUGGUAACAAAGCGUCUAUUGAAACUUCUGUAAUAUCAACUAGUGUAUUUUUCCUUUUUCUUCUCCCCACUAUCUUGUCUUUUUUGAAAAUGUACCAUUAAUUUUAAGUUGUGACACUAUACUGUUCAUUCAUGAAACUGUAAGAAGUGUAAAGUAAGCACAACUGUGCAUCCAAAUCACUUGUCUUUCUGGACUAAUAAAGAGACUUCAGUAUUUGUGUAUACCGGUAUCCUGCUCAAUGAUUAGUUUGUGGUGGACUUACGAUUUUCGUCAGACAUCUGAAGCGAACUUUAAUGCCGUAUUAGCGGAUGCAUUUAAGCAGAAAACAACUAAGUGCGAGCAGGAAGUGAACAAGAUUCUUCCAUCAAUUCUGGAUUUUUUUUUUCCAGUGUAAAUUCUGAGAGGAUAAUUCUACAAAUCUGUCGGUAAAACAUCAAUGAUUUGGUUGAUUGAAAAUCAAUAAA